AUGACCUACCAGCCGGACGACAGGCACGAACGAGACGUUCUCCCUCCCAGAAUCACGACAAGCAACGUUACAUUGGACAAGGAAAAAUACGAUAAAAACUCUAUAAGAAGUCCUCAACCAACAGGUAAGAUUUGUGUCACAAUACAAUUACUGCCUUUGGCAAAUAAAUGUGAGUGUUCCAAGGGAAGUUUUGUAUUUUUCGUCCGGACUUCAAUGUACGCCAAACGUAGAUUUCGGCGCCUGCGAGCCUCGUGUUUUUUGUCGCGAGGUUUGCGAGGCCAAAGCAAUCCGAAAUUGUCGUCGAUUCUUUAAUACAAAAGGUUGAAAUCUCAAGGUUUCAUCUGUUAAACAUCUUCUCAAGCUUACUCUAUUGUUAUUGCAUCACUCGUGAUCAAUGCUACAUAUUUUAUAUCACGGAGCCGUUGGGUAAUAAUAUAUCUUUGAAUAGAAAAUUGUAUAAAAUAUAUUGCAGUUUAUAGUUGACAGACGUUUUAAAUUCUGCUCUUGAAACAAUGCCUCGGUUCAUGGCAGACAAUAUAAAUGGUGGUACGUUUGAUUUUUAACAUUUCCAAGUCGGGCUAAAUACUGUAAAGGCGGCGAAAUUGAAAUUUUGCGGGUGAGUCAAGAAUGCAUUUAUGAUUUGUCCCGCCCACGUAUCAUCAGGCGAGACUUUGGAUUGUACGUAUUUACAUAUUUUUUUCCUCUUGAUUUUACAACUUACACUGGAAAUUACUGUUAGGGCGUUGAAAUUAUUGAGCAUGAAGUUCACUACAGCACUGUUUCAUUGUGGAAUUAUUUAAAUAUUUUUGUAAAUAUGAAACUAUGCAUUUUGGGAAUUAUUUCUUGAUAAUACUUUAUACAAGGCACUCCAAAUGAGAUUUUAUUUGCCUGGUGGCCCUAUUAUCAUUAUAGAGGUUCAGAUUUGAGUACCGCUACCACUACCUCUGACUGGUUAAUUGAAUAUAUUGAAUGCAUCUGAUUGGUUGAUAGUCUUUUAAUGGUAGCAGUAGACGGUAGUGGAAGUCAAAUUUGAACUGCUAUUUUAUUCAUUGUUGAGAAAUUUUAAAAAGUCACACUGUUUCUGUCAUCAUCUGAACUCCUCCAUGUCAGAUGUUGGGAUCCAUGGUAACCGGUUGCCUGCAAGAGACUUGAGCUAACUGCAGUGGUGUAACUUUACUUUUUUGACCACUUGGCCUCAGGGCAAGUUGGACAUGAAAGUUAGUUGCCCUGAAUAAAAUUCACUUGCCAUUAGACAAUGGCCACUGGGGUACCUGGGUAGGGGCAGGGUAGGGGGUAUAAAUUAAGGGGACAACAUGUCCACCUGUUCUCCCACUGCUCUAUAUGACUUUAUAUAAUACCUUAUUGAAUUCUGAUCAUUUAAUUGGCUGUUUAUGAUCACAUGAUAUUGAAUAGAAAAUUCCAUUUCCCAAGAGUGCAAUGGAAUACGUUCCAUUGCACUCCUUGCGAGUGCAAUUGUACUAUACGUUUUAUUCCAUCGCACUCUUUGUGUUUUCGAUAAAUCGCAUCCAUCAAAAUGCUUCUCGUACGGUGAUCGCAGUUUAUUUUAACCAGAUAUUCGAAACUCGGUAAAUGGGAUUUGUAUAGUCAGGGAUUCGUACGACUCGUCAAAAUGGCGGGAGCUUAUAGUAAACCUGUUUUAAUUCGUGCAAUGGUAAGAAUAUUUUCAUGAGGUGAAAGAUGGAAUGUUCCAUUCAACUCGGCUGUCGCCUCGUUGAAUGGAACAUUCAAUCUUUCACCUCAUGAAAAUAUUCUUACUGUACCAUUGAACUCAUAAACAUUCAUUAUUUGUAUAAUGUUAUACUGCCUCAGAUUUAGCUUUGGCCUAGGUUUGAUUACCAGCCAGCAUUCGGGAAGGUUCCAAGGAAUGGCUAGUAAUCGAGCCUAGCUUUGGCCCACAAAAAACAAAAUUUGAAUCAAGUACAUGCGCUAUAAAAAAUGUAUCCGACAAUGAAAACAUAAACUUAAAGGUGGCCAGCUUUUUGUGGCAAGAUAAAAUGUUUACUUGCCCGUCAUGAUAUUCACUUGCCCUGGGCAAGUGUUAAGUUACACCUAUGUAACUGCAAACCUGCUUAAUAUGGUUCUGAGUGCAGUGACGUAUUAGAAAUUUCUCAAGUCUGAGUGUUGUUUCGUAUAGCCAAAUUUCUUAUGCCUUUUCAUAACAUGCUUAGUUCUUGCAUUGCAGAUGGAUUGACCAUGUAUGACGUACAGAAUUUCAAGGUAGGUACAACUUGUUACAAUGCUAUUAUGCACCAGUCAUUUGAAACCAACGCCCCCCCCCCCCCCUCGGGGGUACCCGGGGCAUACCGGGGAUAUUCGCCUUGUUCUCACCGUUUUGUCCUUCCCCGGUCACUGGGGAAUGCGCAAGUUUUCACUGCGCUGGCCAUCAGGUCGGGGCCAAUGUGCGGGGGAUUCACUCAUGUUGUUUUACACUGUAUGUUAAUAUGCUAACAUGAAGUACUACCUGUAUAUUCCCUGAAUUGUUGGCGCUUGUCACCUCGUUGUUUUUCUAAAUCUUUUCCAACCUAGCAAGCCAGCCUUUCUACUAUAAAACUUUUCAAGCUUCAUGAGUUCAUGUCGACUUUUUAUAUGCCUUUUACAUAAAUUGAAAUAAAUUCAGUAUUUUUAUUUUCCUCGUUGUUUGGUGAGAACUCAGGAUCUAGAGUCUAAACAAAUAUGCUUUGCAAAAAUAUUGCUUCAAAAUUAUGCAACCAGUUAGCCCAAAAAUACUUUUUAAGUCUUCAGCAUUGCUCCUUCAAUAUCGUUUGAUUUGUCUUUGGCGUACUCUUGAUAUUUUCAGUUUGUGUGACAUGAAGCUGCAUAACAUUUCAGGUUGCAGCACCGUAGCCAGCUCGAUAAUAGGGAGCUUUAGAUUUGACUACGAGUACGAGAUUUGAUCGCGUGCAAGGAAAUCACCGUAGUCGUUUUCGUUUCCAUUCAAAUGUUGCUUUUAUAACAGGAAACCACCGAGAGAAAAAGUUUCAUAAACUAAAUCUCCCGCAGACUAAAACCCCUACAAGACGUGUAAAUAAGUCAUAACAUUGAAAACAGGCCAGAUAUUUAGUACUAAUAUAUUAUUUGCGCCAGGAUAAACGCUAUAUAUAAAUGCUACAAAUUAUUUUUGGAAAACAAAAAAAAGCCAACUUUCUUUGUUUUUUUGAAAAGUCGUCGUGAGGACUAUGAGGUUUCUCCACAAUUUUGUACUCAAAUGGGCGACGACUACGAUUUUUUCGCGACAGUACGGGAUGCUUUUAGCAUGCUUUUAGCUUGACGAAUCUCGACUCGUAGUCAAAUCUAAAGCUCCCUAAUGUGGGGGGGGGGUCCAUACUCAUAUGUUCGUGUUCUGCAUUAUUAAUUUCUUUUGAAAGCGAUUGUUUUUAAGGUCUGUGAACACGAAUAUAUGAAUAUGCCCCAACCAACACCGCCAUAACCGGUAUCAACUAAAUACUGUGAAUAACUAAGAAUAUCGGUAUACCGCCCAACUUUACAGUUCGCUAAUAAUAGGGCUUGUAAAUUGUUUAAUUUACCGUAAUAUACAUGUAUUUUAUUUGGUAAUUUUAGAAGUCAUCGCAAAGCAGGCCUAUAGCACCCGCCAAUCUUCCUUCACUCAACCCAACAAGUCAUUUUCUUCCACAUACCUUUGGUACAAUGUACUCUCAAAUGCCGUCAGUUAUGAUGCAAGCUCAUGGUACAGUGCCUGCCUUCCUUCCCUUUCCUCGACACAUGCCUGCAUUAGCAGUAUCUGCGGCACCACCAGGCGUACCUACACCAGCGGGUGUACAUGUCCCACCACGACAACCACUUGCAGCUCCUGGUAGACAACCAGUUGUUGCUCAUCAUUUAAAACCAGGUCUACCUGGUCAGCUACACGCCUUACCCGGCAUGCCUCGACCAGUUCAUCCUGUGUCGACCACUCUUCAGCAGACAAGGUCGCCAUCACCGAAACUCUUACAAGAAACUACAGCUUCUGAA